AUGAGACUUUCUACUGCCGCCACCAUUGCCACCGUUGCUGCCAUUGCUUCUGCUGAUGUUACUUCAGACGGCGUCACCUACGUUGAUGUUACCACUACCCCACAAAGUACCACAUCAAUGGUCUCCACCGUAAAGACUACUUCUACCCCAUACACCACAAGCACCAUCGCCACUUUAUCUACACAACCUGUCAGCAGUCAGAAUAACACCACUACACCAGGUAUCAGCACAUUUGUUGGUGCCGCUGCCAAAGGUUCCGUUGUCGGACUGGGUGCCAUCGUAGGUGCCGCCGCCAUUGCUUUGUUAUAG